CAUUGUUCCAUUGUCAAUGUUGUCAGCUACUUCUUCUGCAGUUUUCUCUUCUCUCAGUCGGCAUUGGUAUCUUUUAUUAGCUUUUUCAAAUUGUUCUGCUUCAACACUUCUUUCUUCUAAUUCAAAUUCUACCUCGUGUGCUGAACUGGCGGCGUGCCUUCUGUCAUUUGUACUGUGCCCCACUGUGUCACCAACGGCUUCUUCUUUUUCCUUGGCCCUCUCCCUAUUGGUUCCAUAUUCCUUAUCUUGCCAUUCAUCAUCAUAAUCAUUAGCGUUUGACCAGUAUUCUUCAUGAUCUGAUUCACUUUUAAAGCUGGGUAUGAAAUGAUAUCUCAAAGAAAACAAGCUGUUAGUCAUUUCUUCUUCAGUGAACUUGAGAUAGUAGCCCUCGCCAUUCACUCUAAUCUGCCGUUUAACUGAGAUAAGAUCCAUUAUCGGGGGGAUAUGAGGAAUCUCACUAUAUCGAAUCUUCUUUUUUGACUUUUACUAUCAUCCAGACAUAUGAAUUUGCCCCACAAAGUUGCCAUUGACUCAAAAAAAGCAAGACCAAAUGACCGACCAAGAGGUAGUAUGCGACAGUGGGGGAAGAUGGAUACAAAGCAGGUCGGACAGAGUAGACGACAGCAGAGGUAUGUAGAGUGGGGAUAUGACAGGGGAUUGUAUAAGCAGGCUUCAGCUUUCUUCUUUACCAAUUUCCCCGACGACUGGAGCUAUUCAGAAAUGUGGAGGACUUUUGGGAAAUUUGGUAGAGUGUAUGCUAUCUACAGCCCUCAAAGAAGGAACAGAAAUGGGAAGAGAUUUGGGUUUGUUAGAUUCCUGGAUGUACAGAAAUUGCAGGCCAUGGAGAACCAACUUGAUCAGAUCCACAUAGGAAGCCAUAAAAUAUGGGUUAAUUUAGCUAAAUACCCGGUGGAGGAGAAUGAGCCUAAGGUCAAGGAAGAAGACUAUGAAUGGCUCCGCGGUUGCUAUGUCGGUACAGCACGUUCCAUAGAAAUUAUACCCAAUCUGCAAGAAAAGCUCUACAUGGAAGGUUAUUUUUCAUGUCGGCUCCGUCCUAUGGGGGGGAAGCUGGUAUUAAUGGACUGCGAGGAGAAGGAAGAGCUAAGGGACUUAGUACAGGGGGCAGCAGACUGGCUAGGCCAAUGGUUCAUAGAUAUUCAACCUUGGACACCUACAGCAGUGGCAAAGGAAAGAUUUGUAUGGAUGAGAUGCCAAGGAGCCCCUCUUCAUGCUUGGGGGCCGGAAUUUUUUGAAAAAAUGGCAGUGACAUGGGGUAAGUUCAUAUGCCUAGAUGACAACACAAGCAAGAAAUUAAGGUUUGACGUGGCUAGAUUCCUAAUAUCCACGCAAAUCAUGAAUGCAAUAUCUGUCAUGCGGAGAAUCAAAGUGAAUGGAGACAUGUAUGAUCUGAAAUUCUCGGAAGAGGAGCUGGUAAAUAGCUUGUUUUCAACAAAGCACGAUUUCAAGCCAAAUUUCAGCACUGAUUCAGAAUAUAAGGAAUCAUGGACGGACUGCAAUGACUUGGAGCUCAACCAUGAAGAAAACGACUGGGGUGUUGAUCUGGAACAGCUCGCCAGUGAUGGAGAAGAAGAAGGAGAAAACAGGGAUUUCAGCCAAAUUGACAAACGGUCGACUGCCAAUCCGAGAAACGAAGUGGAAUUUGAAUUUGAAGAAGAAGGGGGUGAUGUGAAAGGACGCAAGCUGGUGGAUAGCUUCCCCUCUAGCCGGCUGGGUGAAGAACAAUCAGUGGAAGUAGUAGCUGAUAGUUUUGACAGGUCUACGGAAGCUAGUGAUUUAGGAGGGAGAGUUGAGGCUGGUUUAUUUGAAAAUAUUCCACAAAAUGAGCUGUCUUCAGACCCUAUCGAGAGUUCAGCUGGCAAUAACUUGGGCCUACAGCAAAAGCCCAGCUCAGAGGCCACAUGCCAAGCCCGUGACAAUGAACAACAAGUGGGAGGGCAGAUAUGGGCUAACCAGUUGAAUGAUACAACCAAAAUUAUGGAAAAUGAGUCCAGAAUUGAGCAAGAAUCUGUUCCGCAGCGUGAGCAACAGCAGCAGAGGCAAGUGAAAAAAGGGGAGUCGUUGGGAAACAAUAGAGAGUUUUGGGCAGAUUUGCAAAGUGAGGAAGAAAGCGAAAAAGGGUGGAUGGUUGCAAGUAACAAAGAUCGAAAAAAAAGAAAAAAGAAGAGAGCAAAGUCGUGCAAAGCUGUGUAUCAAAAAGCAAGUCUUCAACGAAUUUUGAUGCAGAGAGAGAAGAACAGAUCUGCAGUAAAAGAGAAGAAAGCAUGGCGAGAAGACAUCCCAAAGUUUCAGCCGGGCAUGAACAAUGAAGUUGCAGGGGGUUCGGUGGGAGAUAGUGAGGGUGAGAAUUUUAUAGGAAUAGAAGGGGUAUGGGGUCCUGAGGGGGUUGUUGUUUUCAUUUUAAAUGUGUACUCCCCGUGCCAGUUAUCAGGGAAGAGAGUUUUAUGGGCAGAGCUGAAAAUUUUGGUAUUAGAUAGACAAGGCUACUGGUGUAUUGCAGGGGAUUUUAAUGCAGUUAGGAAUGAAGAGGAGAAAAAGGGUAGUAGAGGAGUUACAAUUGAGAUGAGAGAGUUUAAUAACUUUAUACAAGAAACAGAGUUGGUGGAUAUUCCUCUUGUGGGUAGAAAAUUCACCUGGUACCAGUCUAAUGGGAACAGUAUGAGCAGAAUAGACAGAUUUCUACUAUCGGAAGGGUGGUUGACAAAGUGGAGUGAAGCCAGACAGUGGGGCCUUAGUAGAACAGUGUCGGAUCAUUGUCCAAUCCUGCUCAAACAUAAGCAUAUUGACUGGGGGCCUAAGCCAUUUAAGUUUUUCAAUGCAUGGUUUCAACAAGAAGGUUGCAUGGAGUUGAUUAAAGAGGUGUGGGGGUCGGCAAACAUUCAAGGAUGGGCAGGGUUUCAACUUAAGGAAAAGCUGAAAUUGACAAAGGAAGCUUUGAAAAGGUGGAGCAAAACACUUCUCCCAGUUAUUGAUGCCAAAAUAAACAAGGCUACUACAGAGAUAGCACAAAUUGAUAAGAAGGGGGAAGAGGUUCAGCUGUCGGAGGAAGAAAUCAUAAGAAGAAGAGAGGAUUUCCUACUUCUAUGGGAAAGCAUGAAGAGCAAGGAAAGAACACAAAUUAUGUGUGCCAGCAGAAUGAAGGAGGAGAUUGCUUCCUUUUUUGAAGACAUAUUCAAAGAAGAACAGUGGGACAGACCAAAGCUAGAAGGGGUGAGCUUCAAGCAGAUUUCACAGUUAGAAAAUGACCAUCUGGUUGGAGCUUUCAGUGAGGAAGAGAUAGAUGCAGCGGUGCGGGACUGUGAUAGUUCAAAGGCGCCUGGACCAGAUGGAUUCAAUUUCGGCUUUGUCAAGAAUGUGUGGGAGCUAAUAAGGGUAGAUGUAAUCAGAUUCUUGCAUGAAUUCCAUAAGAAUGGUAAGCUGGUUAGAGGACUUAACACAUCUUUCAUUGUCCUUGUGCCGAAAGUGGAUAACCCACAGAAGAUAGAGGAAUAUAGACCCAUCUCCCUCAUUGGUGUAAUGUAUAAAAUCCUUGCAAAGCUUCUUGCUAACAGGUUAAAGGUGGUCCUUGAUGGGAUUGUCGGUGAACAGCAGAUGGCAUUUAUUAGAGGAAGGCAACUAAUGGAUGGGGUAGUGGUAGCAAAUGAGGUGAUUGAUGAUGUAAAGAAGAAGAGGAAGGAGACAUUCUUGUUCAAGAUCGACUUUGAAAAGGCGUUUGAUAAGGUCAGCUGGGAAUUCCUCGACUAUAUGAUGCAACGGAUGGGAUUUUGUGUAAUAUGGAGGAACUGGAUCAUGGAAUGUCUGAGAACAAACCUUGUAUCAAUUCUGGUUAAUGGCAGCCCAACAAGGCAGUUUACUGUGACGAGAGGACUCAGGCAAGGGGACCCCUUAUCACCCUUCCUAUUUUUAAUAAUUGCAGAAGGUCUUAAUGGACUGGUUUCAGCUGCAUCUCAGAAAGGGUUAUUGGAUGGAGCAGAGGUGGGGAGCAGAGGUUUUAAAGUUUCUCACCUACAAUACGCGGACGACACAAUUCUCUUUGCUAAAGCUAAAGAGGAAAAUGUGUGGGCAAUGAAGGGCGUCUUGAGAGCUUUCGAACUAGUCUCGGGUCUAAAGAUAAACUUCAACAAAAGUCAUUUGAUUGGCAUUCAUGUUCAAGAGGGCUGGCUCAACAAAAUGUCAUGGGUGCUUUGCUGCAAAGUUGGGGUUUUUCCAUUUAAAUAUCUGGGCAUCCCCAUUGGAGGAAGCAGUAGAAGGAAGGCCUUUUGGAAACCGCUAGUGGAAUUAUUUUCUAAAAAGCUAUCUACAUGGAAGGGUCGGUACUUAUCUUUUGGUGGACGGAUUACCCUUAUUAAUUCAGUGCUAUCCAGUCUUCCUGUGUUCUGGAUGUCGGUGUAUCUCAUCCCAAAAGGUACGAUUCUUUCACUUGAUAAAAUUCGUAGAGGUUUUUUAUGGGGAGGGGCUGCAGGAGAAAAGAAAAUAAAUUUGGUGAAGUGGGAACAAGUCUGCAAAGGUAGAAAACAGGGUGGUUUGGGGGUUAAGGAUUUGAGAAAAUUUAAUAUAGCCCUAUUAGGAAAAUGGUGGGGGAGGAUAGUCAUGGCAGAUAAAGGGCUCUGGAAAAAGGUUAUUGCGGAGAAGUAUGGUCGGGUAGGGGAACCAAGCUUCAAUUGGUUGAGGGAGAACAUGAAUUUCGGCUCAUCUUGGUGGAGGGAUUUAAGUAGAUUGAAUGAUAUUGAUAAAGAGAAGAAAGGAUGGUUAGUGGAUGGGCUGGAAUUAAAACUAGGGGAAGGGGUAGACAUUAGUUUCUGGUGGGACAAGUGGAGUGGGGAUGGGUGUUUAGCUAACAAAUAUCCUAGACUUUACUUGUUAUCUACAGGAAAGGACUAUAAGAUCUCACAAAUGGGAGGUUGGCACAAUGACAUUUGGAAGUGGAGUCUACAUUGGAGAAGGUCCCUAUUUAGCUGGGAAGAACAUCAGGAACUAGAGCUCCUAAAAGAGAUUAACGAGAAAACAAUUGCAAGAGGGAGACCAGAUCAAAGGAUAUGGACUCACAGUAAAGAUGGUAGUUAUACAACCAAAUCAGCAUACCAGAUACUUGCAGCAGAACACAGAAACAGCCAGCAAGGGUUGGCUCUACAAAAAGUAUGGAAUCCACUUAUACUGAGUAAAAUCUCAGCAUUCUCUUGGCAAUUGCUGCAAGGUAAAAUUCCAACCAAGGAUAAUCUGAUGAAGAGAGGCGUGAUUCAAGCCCCAGGCGAGUGCAGAUGUGAAUUAUGUGGUGCAAGGGAGGAGAAUUCCAGCCACCUUUUUGUUCAGUGCAAAGUGGCGCGUGAUCUUUGGUCAGCUUGCUACAAAUGGUGGGGAAUUAAAACAGUAACUGAUAGAGAUUGCUAGAGAUUUUUUGAACAACAUUCCAGUAUGCUGGAAACAGUGGGGGUGAAGCAGGGAUGGGAAUGUAUAUGGUUUGUAGUGAUAUGGACAAUUUGGUUGGCUAGGAAUGAAAAAUUGUUUAGGGG